AAUCGAUUCUCCAUAAUUAUAUGUAAUAUAAAUAUAAGUAUAAAUAUAAAUCCCAACCGUAUCACACUCCUACCCACCACUUCUUUUCCUCUCUUCCCAAAAAAAUAAAAUAAAUUAUGUAUUAUUAAUAUUUUUCUAAAUAAAAUGGUAUACCCAAUUCCAACGGCAACGGCAACGGCGAGUGCCACCUUAUUGACCCCGCCUUCUGUUCCUAUACAUUUCUCCUCCAAAUUUAACGGCGCCGUUACUCCCAAACAAACGCAACUGAAUCUAUCCGUUAAGGCUCCCUUGAAUAACAAAUUAACGACUUCUCCUUACGGCGUUACCGACAAACUCAACGGCCUGGCCUCCGAAUUCGGGUCACUAUCGGAACCCAUCGAUCGAGUAAAAAGGCUAUUACAUUACGCAUCUCUAUUGCCUCCUCUAGACCGGUCCGAGCGGGUUCGAGAGAACCGGGUUGCGGGUUGUGCAACGGAGGUGUGGGUGGUUGCCCACAUGGACCAAGGUAGGAAGAUGAGAUUCAAAGCAGACAGCGAUUCGGAGAUAUCGAAGGGUUUCUGUUGGUGUCUUGUUUGGAUGUUGGACGGUGCGGAGCCUGAGGAGGUUCUAACGGUGGAUUUGUUGGGUAUGAAUGUGGGGUUCAAUGUUCUCAAUGCACGAUCUAGGGUUAACACGUGGCAUAAUGUUUUCUUUGCCAUGCAACAAGCUACUAAGGAUUUAAUUCUUCUCUCACGUUGCUAAUGCUUUUCACCGCUCUCAAAUGUCAAACCAAUGUAACCGUAUAUUUUCUCCUCGUGACCUUUAUUAUUGUCGUCUUUGUAAUCUAGUUUACGCGCAUGUAAUUUUAUUGCAGGUUUUUAUUGAAUUUAAGUGAGUUUUCUGAAAAUGUC